UCAUCACAGUCAAAGUGAGGAGAACAGAGGGGCGGAGCUUGUAAGUCAACACAUCACAGAAGCUGAUGGAGAGCAUUGUGAAGAUAUCAAGUCAGAACCAGACAGCAUCUUUGCUCCACUGUCAGACAUGGACCACAUGAUGUCACACUCUUCUGAUCACAGUGACCACAUCCAAAAACCUUUGGAGAGUAAAAAUGACUCUAAAGGUGAUACGAGACAUCACACUAACAACAAACACUUUGACUGCUCUGAAUGUGGGAAAUCAUUUAGACUGAAGACUAAUUGUACAGUACACAUGAGAACACAUACUGGAGAGAAACCUUUUACUUGCUCCGUUUGUAAGAAGAGCUUCUCCACAAAGCAAAGCAUGACCACACACAUGAGAACACACACUGGAGAGAAACCUUUUGCUUGCUCAGCUUGUGCUAAAAGAUUCAACAAAAAGAAUGACAUGAUAUUACACAUGAGAACACACACAGGUGAGAAACCUUUUACUUGCUCUAUUUGUAAGAAGAGUUUCUCCAGAAAGGAAUGCAUGACCACACACAUGAGAACACACACUGGAGAGAAACCUUUUACUUGCGCUGUUUGUAAGAAGAGUUUCUCCAGAAAAGAUUUCAUGACCACACACAUGAGAACACACACUAGAGAGAAACCUUUUACUUGCUAUGUUUGUAAGAAGAGUUUCUCUAGAAAGGAACAUAUGACCAAACACUUGAGAACACACACUGGAGAGAAACCUUUUACUUGCUCUGUUUGUAAGAAGACUUUCUCCAGAAAGGGUGACAUGACCACACACAUGAGAACACACACUGGAGAGAAACCUUUUACUUGCUCUGUUUGUAAGAAGAGUUUCUCCAGAAAGGGUGACAUGACCAUACACAUGAGAACACACACUGGAGAGAAACAUUUUGCUUGCUCAGCUUUUGCUAAAAGAUUCAACACUAAGAAGAAAAUUAUAUUACACAUGAGAACACACACUGGAGAGAAACCUUUUGCUUGCUCAGUGUUAGAAUAAUUAUGUAUAUAUUAUCACACUAACUUUAGUAUGCUUAAAGUUUGUUGCUUUAGUUAUUAGUUAUUGUGCUCAAGUUAGACUUUUCUAUUUGUGCAAGGACAAAAACUUCUUGUCUGAGGGGUGGCCUCAGCCACAGAUGUUAUCUUUGUUUUAGCCCGCUAACAGCCAAGGACUUCAAGGAACUCAACGCAGAUAAGACGACAACACGCAGACGAAGCAGAGACUUGAAGGACCUCAAUGAAGAUAAGAUGACAACACGCAGACGAAGCGGAGACAAGGCGAAAUCACAAGGCCCCCACCACAUUCUGUCACGUGUUGUGCGUCCUGGACCUGCUUUGCAUAAUAUAUGUGACCACUCCUUUUAGAGGCGGCCUCAGUGAUGUUGACUGUGGAACUCUUGAAUAAAUAGAGGGACGCGGGAGCUGAACCUUAGAGCGUAGGC